GAAUUCCAAUAUUCCCAACGGAACUGACAUCAUCAUUGGGACAUGCAUGUCGAGUUUGUGUCAUAGCGAAAAAUAUGUUUUUUUUUUCAUCAAUUAAAUGUCUUCGUCACACUAAGACGUUAGUGUGUACUGUUCUCUUCUUCCUUUUUUAAAUGUCAUUACGUUUUCUUCACGAUAUGGGAUCAGGCUGAGUGAAAGAAAAAAAACCAUCGAGAAACAAGCAUAUCUAAUUUUCAAUGAAAUACAUUUUGCCUUCAGGGUGGGUGUGGUAGUGGGUGUCAGCUUAACUCAGGACAAGAACCACACCUACACCUACACUCACACCCACACCCACACCCCACACCCCACACCCACACUCACACCCACACCCACACCCACACCCACACCCACACCCUGAUGAUUUGAUCCAACUAAUCCCAAAAGAGCGAAACGUAUGGACCAGCACACACACAUACGCACUUACUACUAUCAAAGAAUUGAAAGUAGACAGUGAUAGCAGAGGCAGAAUACGAAAUCAAUCUAUUCAUAUUUUAUUCAAUAUUUUGAAAAUGAUGUUUUGUUUUGCGAUAGAUUUUUGAACUGCCAUUAUACCUUAGAAAAAUGUUUAGGAAUUGAAACAUAUCGAUCUAUAAAUGCAUAGAAUCGAGUAAUGGAUUGAAAAGUGUCCAGAUGAGACAUGAACUUGCUCAAUGGUUAAAAGAAACAUUUAGUUAUUUAUUUGAAUUUAUCAAUUUUGGUUGUUCUUUCCUGCCUCUUAUCUUUGUUUUUUUGUGAAAUUAUGAAAAUAACAAAAAAAUUUGGAAUAAAUCUAAACAUUUAGAUGUAUCAGGUGGAUCUAAAAUGCUUCAAAAAGUAGUGAUGUUAUUUCUGAAAAUUCGCUACGAACUCAUGUUUCGAGAAAAUCAAUCAAUUCUUGAUUAUCAAAGAUAAAAUAGUAACGAAAAAUGAAGAUUUAAAAGAUGAUUAUCUUUAUGCAAAUUUUUAUGAUUUUGAACGACAUUAUACAGAUGAAUUUAAACAUUUUGAAUUAAUAUUUCAAAAAAAAAAAUUUUUUUAAAUAAUUUUAAUUCAAGAAGAUAUCGAAGACGAUGAUUCAUAUUUUAAAUUAAAAGAUACAAUUGAUUUAAAUGAUUUUGAAUUACCUAAAACUGAAGAUGAUGCUAUUGAUUAUUUAUGGAAUUAUUUGAAAAGUAAUUCAUUUAUUAAAUCACCGAGUGUUAAUAUCGGUUUAAUAAGUUCAAAGAAAGUUAAAAAGAAACAAGAAAAAAUCAAAAAGGAAAUAAAAUCAUUUCUUGAAAAUGAAUUAACAAAUGAAGAGAAAAAAGAAUUAGAUGAAGCUGUUAAUACAGUUUUUAAUAUUAUUGAUCAAACAAUUGGUGAAUUUAAAAAAACACCCGAUGAUAAAAUAAUUGUCAAAGAAAAAAAAGAACCACCAAAAUGGUAUGACAUAGCUGCUGUUAUUGCAUUAGGUGUUGUACAAAUUGUCACUGGAGUUUUAGCGAAAACAUUUAUACCCGUUGUUGGACAAUUAAUUGGUGAAUUUUUAAUUAGUACUGGAUGUGAUGAUAUUCUAUUUGGUGUGCAAUGUGCCAUAUCGGAGGAUUUUAGUUGGGAAAAAUAUUGGCAACAUAAAAAACAAAGUAUGAUAACGAGUGCUAUAUGUGCCGUAUUUUUUGUAGCUGCAUCAUAUUUAAAAAAUGCAAAAAGAUUAAGAAGUUUUCAAAAAGCUUGGGGUUUUCAAAAAUUAACCCAUGCGAAAAAAUUACAUACAGCAGCUUCAACAUUGGGGAAAACAGCGAAUAUAGGCAAAUAUGUUGGUAAAGAAAUAAUGAAAACAUUAGUUCAAACUGGUUUAGGUGAAUUAGAAUCAGUUGGAAUCGAUCAUUUGUUAGAUACCGUAUCGAAUACUUAUGAAAUGAAAUUAGCUGAAUCAAUUAAAGAAUCAGUUAAUAAUAAAUGGAAUAAAGUUGAAAUUGAAAUGAAAGAAAUAUUUCGUCUAUCCGAAGGCAGCAAUUUAUCACAACGAAUUAUUGAAGAUUGUAUUAAUAGAAAAUUACAAAAUUUACCGGAAGCAACAUUUCUCAAAAAUUUUACAAGCCGAUGUGGUCCAGUUAUGCAAGGAAUAGGCAAGGCAAUAGCUGAUGGCAAAGGAAUGAAAGGAACAAUAUAA